AUGUUACGAUUGACCGUUCUGAUAUUCGCUGUUGGUAUUGCAUCAUGCAAUCUAAUGGAUAAUGAAACAUAUAAACAGUUGGUAUUAGAUGAACACUCUAAAUACAGGAAAAUACAGGGUGCUUCAAACAUGAACAAACUGGAAUGGGACGACCAAUUAAAGAAUGAAGCUCAUAACUGGACAAAAGUCUGUAUUUGGGGACACGAAGGUGGAGGUCGCGGUGAAAACAAAGGACUUUUCAUAGGAGACAAUUAUAGAGAGGGUAUUUCCGAUAUGGUGAAAUCAUGGUAUGACGAGAUCAACGAAUACAACUACACUGGGAAAUCCUGUUUGCCUUCUAGUUGCCAUUACACACAAAUGGUUUGGGCUGACACAAGAAAGAUAGGAUGUUCUUUGAACAAAUGUAACUUCGGGAUGUUUCUAUGCUGUUUCUACGAUCCCAUGGGCAAUAAUCUGUCUGAAUACCCAUAUCUGAAAGGUACUCCAUGUUCUAAAUGUCUGGCUAAUGAAGUGUGUGAUGACGGACUAUGUACAGCAAGUUCAGGUGUUAUAGAAUCAUGUGAAGAUGAACUUGAAACAGAAUUGUGUGCUAAAUAUCAAAGUUAUUGUAAGAAAUCAGAAGCUUUUAUGGUUGACAAUUGUAGAAAAACAUGCAAUUUUUGUAAAAUAAAUUGAUUUGGACAAAGACACUGAAAACUGAUUUAAUA